UCUGUCGCCGCGACAUAAUAGCCGCACCCAACUCGCCCCCAGCCAUGGCGCUCCCCGCCGCCUCCGACCCCGGCCUCGGGUCCCUCACCAGCCGCGACACCGGGACGAGGCUUCCCCGGGCGACGCGCGUCAAGAACAAGGGCCCCGCGCCGGUACAGAUCACCGCGGAGCACCUCCUCCGGGAGGCCCGGGAGCUGCGGGGGUCGGAGCACCCGCGCGCGCCCGCGCGGAAGAUCGCCGACGCGGAGGAGCUCGCCGAGCGCCGCCUGAUGGAGCGCAAGUUCUUCGAGCACUCCGUCGGCCGCGCCGGCGCCUCCGCCUCGGCGUGGGCCAAGUACGCGCAGUGGGAGGAGCGGCAGGGAGACCUCGCCCGCGCGCGGUCCGUCUUCGAGCGCGCGCUCGCCGCCUCCGCAUCCGCCUCCCGCGACCACUCGCUCUGGGUCAAGUACGCGGAGCUCGAGAUGCGGAGGGGAUGCGUCGGCGACGCGCGCAACGUCUGGGACCGCGCGGUGGCGCUGCUGCCCCGCGCCGACCAGGUGUGGCGCAAGUACGUGCACAUGGAGGAGACGCUCGGCGAGGUCGCCAAUGCCCGCCAGGUGUUCGACCGGUGGAUGGCGUGGUGGCCCGGCGCCACGGCGUGGUGCUCCUACGCCAGGUUCGAGCUCCGGUACGGCGAGGUGGGCCGCGCCAGGGCGGUCUACGAGCGCUUCGUCGCCGAGUACCCGCGCGCGGACGCGUUCAUGCGGUACGCCGGAUUCGAGGAGAAGCGCGGCGAGUUGGAGCGCGCGCGGCGGGUGUUCGAGCGCGCCGCGGACGUUCUCGCCGAUGAUGAGGAGGAGGCGGGGACGCUGCUCGUGGCCUUCGGCGAGUUCGAGGAGGAGUUCCGCGAGGUGGAGCGCGCCCGUGCCAUAUACCAGUACGCGCUCGACAGGGUGCCCAAGCGCCGUGCCGAGCAGAUUUACGGGAAGUUGCUGGCAUGGGAGAAGCAAUUCGGGGACCCCAAGGGAAUUGAGGAUGCCAUUGUGGCCAGGAGGAGAUUAGAGUGUCAGGAUGACGUGAGGAAGAAUCCUCUCAACUACAAUUCUUUGUUUGAACUCAUCCGGCUUGAGGAAAGUGUCGGAGACAAGGAGAGGAUCAGAGAGGCAUACGAAAGGGCAGUUGCCAAAGUGCCUCCUGCUGAGGAGAAGCGGUUCUGGCGCAGAUACAUAUACAUCUGGAUAAAUUAUGCCCUGUAUGAGGAGCUUGAUGCGCAGGAUGCUGAACGGGCCAGAGAGGUCUACAGGGAAUGCCUGAACCUAAUCCCUCACAAAAGAUUCACUUUUGCAAAAAUUUGGCUGAUGGCAGCCCAGUUUGAGAUCAGGCAGAGGAAUUUAAGCGCAGCAAGGCGAAUACUUGGAAAUUCAAUUGGGGUUGCUCCAAAGCCUAAGGUGUUUAAUAAAUACAUUGAGAUGGAGGUAUCUCUGGGCAACUUUGACCGUGUGAGAACACUUUACCAGAAAUUCAUCGAGUGUUAUGCAGCAAACUCUUAUGCUUGGAGAAAGUACGCUGACCUGGAAAAGAACCUUGGUGAGUCUGAUCGUGCUCAAGCAGUAUAUGAGCUUGCAAUUGCUCAGCCAACCCUUGAUAAUCCAGAGCUCAUAUGGAAGGAGUACUUGGAGUUUGAAAUUGAUGGAAAUGAAUUUGAUAGAGCGAGGAAGCUUUAUGAGAGAUUGCUUGGUAGAACGAAGCAUUUGAAAGUAUGGCUCAGCUAUGCUGAGUUUGAAGCCACAGCUGGCUCAUGUGGUGAAGACAGUACAAAUCGACAGAUGGAGCGGGCACAAAGAUGCAGAGGUGUUUUUCAGAGGGCGUUUGACCACUUCAGGACCAGCUCCCCCGAAUCAAAGGAGGAAAGAGCAAUGCUCCUUGAAGAAUGGCUUAACAGGGAGGUGAGCUUUGGUCACCUUGGUGAUGUGAGCGUAGUGCAGACAAAGGUGCCAACAAAAGUUAAAAGGAAGCGAUCAAUCCCUUCGGAGGAUGGCUCCACCUUUGUAUGUGAGGAGUUCAUCGAUUAUAUAUUCCCUGAGGAAAUCACUCAUGCUCCAAACAUGAAGAUCAUCGAAGUUGCAUAUAGAUGGAAGAGGCAGAAAACUGAUGAUGAGUGAUAAGAACAUAAACUCUGCGUUGGUCAUUAGAACCAUUCCAUGCCAAAACUGAGAUUUGAGAAUAUCUUUUAGUUAUGGUGGCUGGGCUUGUAUGUGUUAGCCGCCAGCACCCCUUUGUGUACAUUUGCUCGUAUGUUUCGCAUAUCUGAUCGAAACGAAUAACCCAAAUUGGGUUUACUAAUAUCUCAAACCUGUACACAUGAACUUGUUCAGAUCCUUUAAAGUUUCCUGUUUCGCUUACA